CGGAGUUGAGACUCGCCUCGUGCAGUCGCUUCUCCCGACGCUCCUGCCGCCUUCGCCCCCCGGACUCCCCAGCCGCUCGCCCGCCCGCUCCCACCGGCGCCUCCCCGAGGGCCGGACCGGUGCCAGCCUCGAGCCGCCACCGCAGGCUGUCCGAGAGCCGGGAGUCCGGCCCGAGUAACGUUGGAAUUCAGAAAGCAGACCACAGUACCUACAAGCACUGAGCCCGAGAAAGCCGCUGCACCUGGGAGUAGUGUAAGACCAGACCCCCCACCCUGGGGUGGGGGGGAGGGCUCCCCGAAGAGGCCCCAACCCCCACCCAUCUGGACUCCUGCCGCUAGAUGAUGUGAUUACGACAUUCCACUCCAUAUUGUUUCCCAUCUGAACUGGCCCCCCGUGGGCCCUUGCGGGUUCCCAGAGGACUUGCACUGAAACCACAGAUGACCAACUGACUCUUGGCCUCGUGCCCCCUCCCCUUUUCCCUGCUGGUGGACUCUCGGACUGUAGCACCCAUCGGUGGCCCCUUCCGUCUCCUCGGGGCCCCCUCUGGCUCCGGGCCCUCCCCAGGGCUUCUUUGAUCCUGCUCAGGCAGGCCCCCAGGAUCUUCAGCUAUGCCGACCAGCACCGGUUCAGGGGCUUCGGCCCGCCGCUGCCGGAUGGAGGACCUCACCGCUGAGGUCCAGGCCCUGCGGGCCCAGCUCCUACAGCAGACCGAGGAGAACAGCUCCCUGCAGAGCCAGCUCCUGCAGCUGUCGGAGGAAAAUGCCAACCUGCGGGGGCAGCUCCAGGCCACCCCGGUAGGGGCCAUGGGUCUCUCCGCCCCCAGGGGGAAGUGCCCCGUCGGCCUCCCCGAGAAGUUCGACGGCACCCCCGAGAUGCUCCCCAGCUUCUUGGCCCAGAGCCGCCUGUACAUGGAGCUGCGGCCUGAAGACUUCCCCACGGAGCACGUCCGCGUGUGCUUCCUCACCAGUCUUCUCAAGGGGCGCGCCGCGCGCUGGGCCACCCCCUACCUGCUGGAGUCCAGCCCUCUGCUCAACAACUACGAGGCCUUCAUUGACGAGUUCAAGCAGGCCUUCGAAGACCCCCAGCGCAAAGAAGCGGCCAACCGCAAGAUCCGGCGUCUGCGCCAAGGCCUCGGCUCCGUGCUAGACUAUGCCAGCGCCUUCCGCCUCUGCGCCCAGGACCUGGACUGGAACGAGCCGGCCUUCAUUGACCAGUUCUUGGAGGGCCUCAGCGAUCCCAUCCAGGAUGAGCUCGCCCGCGUGGAGGUGGCCCGCUCCCUGCCCGCACUCAUCAACCAGUGCCUGCGCAUUGAGGGCAGGCUGAAUUCCCGGAGGGGGGCCUCCCCGGCCAACUCGCCCCGGCCCCAGAGCUCAUCUCCGGCCGCCGAGUCCGACUCCAACCAGCUGGUCACUCGGCCCCAGCUGACCCCGGAAGAGAGGGAGCGCCGCCGCAGACUGAACCUGUGCAUGUACUGCGGACUGGCCGGCCACUACGUGGACAACUGUCCGUCCAAGAAGCCAAAGUCUUCUGGGGUGGGAAACUCCCUGGCCCCGCUGUAGAGGGACCCCCAGCGCCCGGGCCUGAAACAGAAAGGUCCCCCCCAGAUGACGCGUCAUCUUCUCAUUUGCAACUACUAAUCACGCUACAUCUCCCGGACGGUUCCUACUGCACCGUCCGCGCCAUGAUCGACUCCGGUGCCUCCG